CUUUGCGAUCCGUCAACAACUUGGUAGUGGUCUUGUUCAUCUCUCUCCAAGCGUCUUUCUCUCCGUCCGACUGGAAUCUGCAGUUACCCAAAGACUUGAUCCUUGGAUCCGAGCACACUGCGCCGUGGGAAUAAUUUAUUUUUUUUUAUUUAUCGGAGAAACCGGACCUCAGCAUGCCUCGGUCAUUCCUUGUCAAAAAGUAUUUCUCCAACAAGAAGCCAUACCAUAGGGAGAGCCAGCUGGAAAGCCAAACUGCCUUUGUCCCAGAAAGCUUUCCACGGGCUGAACUUCCCACUCAAAACAACAGCUCUGCCCUGACCUGCUUCUCCACCAGCCCAUUCUUCAUUAGCAUGGACACCCUGCCUGCACCUCUGUCCCCGAUCACCCCCGUGUCUCUGUCCCCUUCCCCGCUUGGCCCUCUGGACCUCAGCAGUUCUCCCUCAAGCAGCAGUGAGGAAGAGGAGGACGGCGGUCGUACUUCAGAUCCUCCCAGCCCGGACAUCAUCCAGCACAUCUACCACUGUCUGCACUGCAGUAACAGUUACACCAGUCUCUCUGCACUGUCCCAUCACCAGAAGUCCCACCACGAGCUUUCCCGCUGUGCUCCACUCCAGCAGACACCUUCUCUUCCCACUGAAGUCUCUGCACGCCCAGCCUUCCACUGCAAACACUGCCCCAAGGAGUACACCAGCCUGGGGGCCCUGAAGAUGCACAUUCGCUCACACACCCUGCCCUGCGUGUGCCCCACCUGCGGCAAGGCUUUCUCCAGACCGUGGCUGCUCAGAGGGCACAUUCGCACCCACACAGGUGAGCGCCCCUUCGCUUGUCAACACUGUAACAGGGCCUUUGCAGAUCGCUCCAACCUGCGUGCCCACCUGCAGACCCACUCUGAAGUGAAGAAGUACCAGUGCGGCUCCUGUGCUCGCACCUUCAGCCGCAUGUCCCUGCUGCACAAACACAACGCCUCUGGCUGCUGCCCUUCCUCAUAGACUCGCAUUCCCUGAACUGCUCUCAUAAGCCAGUUGAAGCUGCUUGCUGACUCUGGUCCCCCCCCCUUGAUUAGAGCCAAGAUACCCAGAGGACACUGCACAGAUCAGUGCCAGCUCACUUCAAAGCCAUAAUGGGGGCAGAAAACUGGACUUCUGUUGCUUAAAAUAAAAAUAAUUGUGCCUUGCA